GUUUGUUAUAAGAUUUCUCCCUGAUUACCAAACAGCGCUUUGGGUUUUUUUCAGCGGGUUUGUACUUUCGUUCGCUUGGUUUGUUGAUGUGUUCCUAUGCAAUACAUGACAUUGAAAUUUCUUUAAGUUACAUUUUCAAGGGGUUGGCAAUUUUUCGUGUGAUACUGAUACCUCGGCUACAAAGUGCUAUCUCUAACAGUUAACAUUUGGUAUUACCUUCUUGAUAACCGUUUUAUCCAAACGGUUCCUGUCAUAGUGAGGACAAAUGCGAAUCAUUCAACAGAUUCAUUGUAUAUAACGUUUGCUAAGAUAGCCUUAUCAGUUUCGCCUGGAUCGCCUCAACAUAAUUUCGGGACACAAGACGAAUAAUUCUAGCUACUCUGCUUACAUCCACUUUGAUAUGUCAUCAUUUUAGUCUAUAUAUAAAUAAAUGAUUCAUUUCGCUUGUACCUUUAAGAUAUAUUUUUCUCCCAAAGUCUUGAUUCAGUAAUAACACCCGGUGAGUAAAAUAGUUCAAGAAUUUUCGAUCAUAGAAGACCUAUUGGGGGAGUUGUGGUUUUACGUAUUCUCAAGAUUCCAUAGAGCUCGUAACUCAGACUGCCAGUUGAUGACUUCCGUGAAUAGUUAGUGACUCGGAUCAUUUACUAAAAUGAUUGUAUAAUCAGGCCAAAACUACACUGACGGUUUAUGUCACUUAGUAUCUCCCCAGGCCGAAGUAGUUAGGGCGCCGUUCAAAUAUGUGAGUGAGUAGUUCCAGGCUGCGUUUUAACUGCUAGUCAGUCGUAUUUCAGUCAGUGUCACGUGCUGCUCUAGUCCUCUUGAAUGAAAUAUCACAAGCAUGAGUAACUACUGACCGUUCAUAAAUGACAUUCAUUAACCAUUUUAACCCAUGAAGAAAUCUAAUACAAUUCAAUUUUGGACUACGGCCAUAUGGGACGUGUCAGGAAUGAAAACUUUCCUCGUUUUAAUCCAUACUGAGGUAUUUGGGGAAGUUUUGUCCCUUUAAACUAUGGUCUUUCCUAUUUAAAAAUGUUAUGUGCCUUUCCGUGUCCACCUCGCUAUGUUAAUUUGCUUAGAUUCACUUGAACUGACCCAUCGUUUUGACCAUUCUGUAGAUUGAUUAUGACUGACUUCAAUCAUCUUUCCUAAAGGAUUGUUCACACCAGAUGAGACCACUGUGAGCAAUGCUCAUGUUUGCACAACAAUCUCAAUCAUUCCAACCACCCUGAAACACCUGCUUCAGUGUCUUAAACAUGUUUUUUGGUUGGUGUCUCAGCUGCUGUGCGCCACAUUAUUAACCAGUACUGACACUGGGUCAGUUUAUGACAUGGAGCAAGGAAAUGUGAUAUAACUGUACAGGGCUGACGUUGGUUAGUCACGGUCCUCUGAACGUAGUCUUAAAAAGUAUAUAGCUCAUUUUGUCAGGUACAACUGAAAGUAAAGGCCAGUGGUAAUCGUUCUAGCUUUCUAUCAUACCCAUCUGUUUUCCUUACUGAACAAGAUCUUCCUCAAUUUUUGUUUCUUGAUCAACUCGUCUCUUAAUAAUUACUUUUAUUAUUAUUACUAUUCAAACUUCGCUUCUCCCCAGUGUUGGCAUUUCUACUUUGUAUGGUAUAUUUCUCGUUUCUCCAGCGUACCGAAAUUUUCGUGAUUAACCGUGAGGAUUCUGAUCUCAGUCAUUUUUACCAACCAACUCAUUUGCUAGGUUUUUUUGGUAGCAGUGACAGUAAUAAUACUACUGGAUUGCCCAAACCAAAGUGACAUUCAAAUCUAGGACUAAGUGGUUAAAAGUUGAACUCCUUGAACAUUAUAUAUAUAUAUAUAUAUAUAUAUAUAUAUAUAUAUACCACAAAGUUUACUUGCUGACUAAUUGAACAAGCCAGAACUAACGUGGCAGUCGCUUUGGUUACAGCACUCAGCUUCAGCUGGUGUCCCAGGUCCGGACGCUGCCAUCUAUUUUUUGUUUGGCCUGUUGAGUAGUACCAUUAGUCCUCAUACAAACGGCAUGGUCCAUGUCCGAAUACGAAAGUACGUAUACCAUAAAUGAUUUAUAUUUGACUGGCAGUUUUAUAUAUUAAGCGAAGCAGUUGUACUAAAGCUGCAUACAUUUCACGCUUCCUUAGCAUUGGUGAUAAUUCGUGUUUCAAAUUGAUAGUCUGCUUUUCUCAAUUCUUAGUUUUUAAUAACCGAAAGGCUUUUUUUCGAAUAACAGCAAUUUAUUAUUACGUUUAGUCAUAAAUUUUCUUUUUCAGUCUAUUAUGAAUCAGUUUGGUCAUCAGUAUACUGUCCAACCACCACCUACCUUUUAUACGAGUGAUAUGAAUUCAUUUGGAAAUGCUGUUCAAAGACCUGGACCCAGGCCUUAUAGUUUUGAAGUUCCACCUCAAGAUUUUCAGUCUACACCCCCUCUUCGGAGUGACAGUGGAUAUUCGCUUUGUCCAUCCCAGUAUUACAGCAGACCUGGGAUAAUGCCUUCCACAGACGAAACUUGUGUUAAUUUUUCAGAACAACUACCAAUAACCUCUGAAAUCAAUGAAAAUAGCAACGUAGUCCUUGACUAUCAGAAUCAGUUUAGUUUUCGUGUUCCUCCCGAGAUUCCUAGCUGGAUGACCUUAAAUUCCUCAGCUAGUAACUUCUACACUGAUAUUCAAAAAUACACUUCACAACCUAAUCCAACACCCCAGUCGGUAUAUACUGGGAUUCCAGUUCAUUACAAUAGAACUCCUGAGAACUCUACGUUUCAAAAUCGUGGGCGUGUUAGAACUUCUGGUCCUUUCAAGGGAAAUAGAGGAAGUCUUCGAAAUCGCCCCAACCAAGGUACUCACACCGCUAAUACUGCCGGUACGACGACAACUACAAAAGAACCAUCUAUUUUUUACUGCGAUAUUUGCAAAGUUAGUUGUGCAGGUCCACUAGCCUUCAAAGACCAUGAAUCUGGUCAACGCCACAAAAAAAGAUUGUCCCAGGUUGAAGCGAUUGAAAAAUUAAAACAGGAAGUCUCUACCGAUGGAAGUUCAUCAUUAAUUAUUAACUCAGCUUCACGAGAAUUACGUUGUGAGCUUUGUGAUGUUGGUUGCACCGGUGCCGACUCUUAUACUGCCCAUUUAUCUGGUAGACAGCAUCAACGUACUCUCAAGUUACACAAGGAAUUGGGGAAACCAAUUCCAGAAACUGAUGAUCCCCUUGUACCAGCUAUUGUGGCAGAUAUGAUUGCCACUGCCGCUGACGAUGCUAAACCAGUUGAAGCGGAUGAAAGUAAAACAAAUCCUACGGAAAACACGUUUAUGAAACAUAUUGAUUUAAAACAACUUGCUGGUCCUGAACUACCUGCUGUUGGACAAGAGUAUUUAGAAACUAUUAUUAAUAGCAACAACAAAACUGUUAAAUAUCGUUGCAAGUUAUGUGAUUGUGAAUUUUCAAAUCCAGAUUCUCGUGAAUGUCAUUUACGUGGUCGUCGUCAUCGUCAACAGUACAAAAAGAAAGUCGAUCCAUCGUUUAUUGUCGAUCCAAAUCCAGGAAAUCAACUUCGUCGAAAAGUGAUAGCAGCUAAAGAAAAGAAAACGAGACGUAACGAACCAAAACAAAAUACUAGCAGUUUCCCCAGUUUCAGUACCUUGCGUAAUAGCAGUAUGACAGGAAAUUGUAUGAGUGGGAUCCCAUAUGACCGUUUUCAUGCACAAGUCCCUCGAAUAUACACGACUCAAACUCCUAAUAAAUCUCUAGAAAGCAGGUACAUCAGUUUUAAGCACACAUCUUUGCUACCGACAGCUUGGGAAGUUCAGGCAAUGAUGUUGGCUGUAACGAUUUGUGAGCGCUCCUUGAAAGGCGUUAGUAACGACCUUUUAAAACAGGCGCGUUCAGCAUCAGAUCUUCCUGAUACCACCAUAUGUGCUAAAUCUUGUGAUGAUGAUAAUAAUCUGGAUGAAUUGGAAGAAAAAGUUGGUGAACGUCUGCUUUGUGGUGUUGUUCGUGUUGGUGCAUUGGGAAAAAAUGUACUCUUAAGGGGUGAACAUUCAGCAGAACUAGUUUUAAUAUGUUCUAAAUGGCCUACUAAAGAGUUAACAACUUAUGUAUCAACUAGUAUUACAAAAUUAAUGGAGGUUAGUUUACUUUGCUCUAUUUGUUUUUUUGUUAAAAUAUCACUUUUCUGAUAACUUAUCAUUGAAUAAAUUUUAUUCACUUUAUCAGAUAUCUUACACUUGUCUACUCAAGAACAGUUGUAAUUAAGACCUGUAGUAAUUAACAUUUUGUAAAUAGUCACCGACAACAAUUACCAAACAGUACGAAUUGUUUAAUUUCUCUCUGCACCUACACAAUAUUUGGUAUUAUUUAUCUAAUAUUUUUCCUCGUCUAGAUUUCCAGGGGUUGAACUUCUACCGGGAGGUUCACUUGUUGACUUAGAAUAUGCUGAUGACAUAGUUUUAUUUGGUGAAGACGCUGACAAAAUGCAGAGUCUUAUGACCACUCUAAGCAACAAUGCAAGCAUGUUCGGGAUGCGAUUCUCCCCCUCGAAAUGUAAAAUGUUGCUUCAGGUAAGGAUGGCAAAUCAAUUGAUGACGUAGUGAAACUUCAUCAGUUGAGAUGGCUGGGACAUGUGUUACGUAUGCCCAACGACCGACUGUCUCGACGUGCGGUGUUCAGUGGUAUAGGAGUAGGUUGGAAGAAAGCUAGGGGUGGCCAGACCAAAACAUGGCACAAGUCCAUGAAGUCACUGACAAGUGGACUGAGUCAUGUUGGUAGGUGUAGACUACCUGGUUGGGGACCGCGAGAUGAUAGCAACCGAUGGUUAGAGACCUCGAAUGACAUGGCUGAAAAUCGUUUGCAAUGGCGCAGGUGCAUACACUCUUUGUGUUCUCCCAAAUCCUAAUCUUCUGAAUUCUUCAUGUCCCUUUCCUGUUUCUCUUUCCAAAUUCAUUUCACUGUAUCAUACUCCUUGAAUAAGAUCUUCAAACCCUAAGUUUUCUGAUUACAGCUUAUAGUUUUACUACAUCUAGCACUACGGGAUUUGAAUCGACCACUGCAUCUCUGUGCUAAUGUGGUGUGGCAACUCGAACUGAUGUACGUACGUACGAACUUCUACGUUGUUACUGACUGACUAACUGAUAUUUUUCAGAAGGAAAUGUAUUGUGCACUUGUAACCAAGUUAAUUAUACUUUUAAAAUACAUUAGUCUGGUUAACAGUUAAGUCUGUCUAAAGGAUUCCACUUGGACGAGGAUACCAUCUUUUCCCUAAUUUUAUUAAGGUUUACAGAAAGUUUAUAAUUUAGUAUAAUCGCUUCAUAAAUAUUUAUUUUAUUGCAGUUGGGGUACCAAAAAGUAUUUAUUUUUUAUUAUAUUUUGAGAUCUUGUGUACUGUUCGAGUAGACCGUCCUUUAAAUUUUCAAUUUAAUAAAUCUAGCGCACAAGGUAGUAAAGCAACGUUAAAGGAAAUUGCUUAGUAUCCGAGAACCACAGCGAUUUCAUGCACGAUUGAUUCCCUUGGGUGACAAAUCAUUGCUUUCAAUUAGUUUAGGCUCAGGGUUUUCCAACCCCCAUGUUCCUCUAUCCUAUCUCCCUGGAAAGCAUUUAAUAAGCUAUCAAUACAGGACGGAAUUCAUUUGAAAAAUCAUUACAUUUGAUCAGUUUAUUCUUCGACCUUUUAAUCAAUUUAGCUGUCUUACUGGUUUCUAGUUACACCUGCCCGCCAUCUUUAACGUAACUGACUAUAUCUUUUUAAAGCUCUUUUCAUAAAGUUUUUCGCACACUAAAUACCUUCAUUAAUAAUAUGUGUGACAGUUUUGUCGCUGACAUUUAUCUAAAACUAAUUUUUGGUCUCAAUGACUGACCUUCAACUUAGCUUACCGUCUUAUUGGUUUCGCCUCCUGUAUAUCAUUCGCUAUCCGCUAAAGUCACAUCCUAUCGUCAUUGUAUACGGUCCUCUUCUGCCAAAUCACAUAACUUGUAUUUUUCUAGGACAUAAAAAUAUCAUUCCAUUAUUGUCAUUAUGAAAUAAUUGGAUCUGCGAGAUUAGACUUGUGCAGCAAGUGUGAUCAUUGGUAAAAAUUACUACUUUGUCGUGGAAAAACUCUGCGCUAAUAUUCUCAAAUAUAGUUACUAGACAUUUGGUAAGUAUAAUUUAGCCCGUUCGUUAAAGGUGUAUUAGAUCUAUGUUAGACUACCCAAAUUAUGAUUAGUUUUUUGUAAGUUUUCAAGAAUUUUCCGAAAACCCUAGUCGAUAUAUCCUGCAGGUUCAUUACAUUAGGGUGAACUUCAGAAAUCUCUUUAUUGUGAGAUAUUUUCAAUGAACCUGAAGGUGGUAUCGAUCUUGGGUUGUGAUUGGAAUAUGUUGGCUUGAUUUUUUUCAUACAGUCACUGGAAUCCCGUCUUCAAUAUACUGUCACAGCAGAGCCUACUAUGGGAACAAUUACGGUCGUUGUGUCCUGUCCAGAUCCAUCCUUACUGAAUAAAAGUGACACCUGUGAAGUAAAUUUAAAACCUGCUUGCAAAGAAAACGAAUCUGCGAUAUGGCCUACUAUAACACUGGUAAUCAACUUAACUUCCCCGAUAGUAGUUCAAAAAAAUGAAGCCGCUCCUGAAGAUAAAAAUGGUAAUUAUAUUCUGUCUUUAAAAAUACGUUUUUCACAAUCAUUGUAUGCAAUUUUAUUUUUCUACCUGGCGACCGACAGUUCCUACGUUUAUCAGUCACCUAAGUGGGAAACAUAAGUCAUACAUUUUGCAUCCCUGAAACAUGUUCACAUACUGUUUUAUAGAUAUUUAUGUUGUAAACGAGUGAAAUACAGCGACGAACAAUAAGGCACUAGUUUUAUGUACUCGUAUAUGAUUCAUAUCAACCUCAAUACAUUUCUUAGUAUUAUUAGGAAAUUAUCUCAGAAAAAAGGUUAUCAUAACGACCUGUAAAGCCAAAUUACUAUAAUGAUUCAUUCUGUGCCGGUUCAGCAGAAAUAUACAAGUAUAAAAAUGAGAAUUAUGUUUCACCGUCAUUUCAUUUAACGAUAGUUUGAAAAAUAAACAACAAUAAAAGCAUAUUUCUAGUGUUCUUGUUAAGUCCUUUGAGCUACAAAGUUUGAUUGUGGAACUUUUAUUGUCGUUCUUGACAACGUCAUCAUCAAGCUCACUAUAGAAACUUGUGUUUCGAAUUAUAGGUGAUUGAGUUAUUCUGGAUCUGACUCAGAAAAUAUUACAAAUAUCUCAAUUCCCUCAAAGGCCACUCCUGUAGCUCUUCUAGGGUUAGUGCCGGUUACAAGCCCGUGUAAAGGAAAAAGGUUAGGUAUGGGAUCAGCAAACCCGUCCCAUAUAAAACAAUCUUUCUACAAAACGCUAACCAGAAAAAAUCAUUUAAAUUCCGCCUUAAGAGUUGCAGGAUCUUCUUUCAGAAGAAUUAUGACACCUCUUGUUGAAAGCCGAGAUUCUUCGGAAGUCAUUUAACCGAUGCCCUUUCUAACAACCAGAGCAACAAUUUUCAUAGGUACAUGCAAUGUUCAGACAACGUAGGAGACCGGGGAGAUCAACCUAAUUGCUACGGAAAUAAGAAGAUACAACUUGGGGGUUCUCGUAAUCAGUGGAACACCUUAGACCCAAGCUGGACAACAGAUAACAAAUUCGGAAGAGAUGCUGCUGUACUUCGGUCACGAAGAAGAAAAUUCUCUACACACUCAGGGAGUUAUGAUGCUGUCCAAAGGAGCACGAAAAGCACUUAUAGGAUGAAAAUCUCAUGAAUCCAAGCUCAUCAAAGUAUCCCUUAAAACAAAGGAGGCGAUCAUAAUGAAUAUUGUCCAGUCCAAUACAUUCACCAAUGAUAGCAAUGAAGAAGAUAAAAACCGGUUUUCUGAGGCUGCAGUCGAUAGGAAAAAGUUGCUCAGGAACUAACCAGCCUGAUACAAGAUGCAAAACCCAAAAUCAAAGUGGACAACACUGAGUAUGAAGAUAUCAACAGGCCGGAUUCCGUAAGAAUCGGUCGUGCACAAACCAAAUAGUGACAUUAUGGAUCAUUGUUGAACAAUCGAUUGAAUUUGUGUGUAUCAUUACCAAGGUUUGACUUUAUAAGUUCCAAUAAAUUGAGCAUUGGGAAGAUUUUUAUCAAUAAAAAUAUCAUAUUUGUAAUACCCCAAUCAGAUAUUACGAAUAUAUUAUUCUUAUUAAUAAUCAAUUGAAUGGAAUUCGUCACUGUAUAUCAACUUCCUUGACUAUGAAAAAGGCGUUUGACAGAGUGGAUAGGUGAACCUUAUGGAACAUUCGUCGACACUGAUGUGCCUGAGAAGAUCGUCAAUAUCAUACGGCAUUCAUACGAUGGACUAUGUUGCAAAGUCGCGCAUGGAGGACAGCUGACAGACGCAUUCUGAGUAGGGGCCGGAGUCAGACAAGGCGGCUUACUGUCUCCCUUUCUUCUGGUGGUUGACUGGAUUAUGAAGACCUCUAUGUCUGAGGAAUACAAUGAACAGCUUACAUACAACUAGACGAGUUGGACUUCUCAGAUGACCUGACUUUUCUAUCCCAUACACAUGAGCGAAUGCAGGUCAAGACAACCAGUUUAGCAGAAGCCUCUGCAGCAGUAGACCUCAACAUACACAAGGGAAAAAGCAACAUCCUUAAAUACAACAUGGAGAACACCAACCCAAUCAUACUUCAUGGAAAAGCCCUGGAACAGGUGGAAGAGUUCACGUACCUAGUCAGCACCAUCGAUGAACAAUGAGGAUCGGAUGCAGAUGUAAGGGCGAGGUUUAGCAGAGCAAGGGCGGCAUUUCUACAGUUGAACAACAUACAGAACUCAAAACAACCGUCAACCAAUAUCAAAGUCCGAAUCUUCGAUACGAACGUCAAGAUAGUUCUGCUGUAUUUUUUUUAUUAGAAGCUUUAUUCAACAUUAUAUUUUUGGUACAACAUAGAAUCCUCAGCAUAAAGUAUUUCAACAAGUUUCCUUUUCUUAUACCUCUAUCUAUUGUGACGAUAAAUUUUGAAUGAUGACCGGUUAGAUGUUAGGAGUUCGGCAAUCCACAUUUGAUUAAUGUUCAUUCGUUUCAAUGCAUAUUGCCAGCCACCAUGAUGUCGCUGAUUGUACCUUUUUGUAUCACGUAUAGCGAAAGGUUGUAAACUUUUCAUAAACGCGCCUGAAUAAAUUGUGCGCACAAUAGACAUAAUGAUAUGCUAAAACAAACAACAAAACAGAUAACUUGAUGAGAUAUCUAGAUCGGAGGAACAGGUAGCCCAGAUAUUCAAGCAGGCCGCCUGAGCCAAAACUUCGAGAACUACCACAACAUCAUAAAAAAGGUACAAUUAUUUAUAAACAACUGUCUGCACAAGAUACUGAAUGUCCGUUGACCGGAUACCAAUCAGUAACAGCCUAUUGUGGGAGGAAACAAACCAACUUCCAUCUGAAGAGGGAAUUAUGGAAGAACAAUAGGAGUGGUGGAUAGGACACACAUUGUGGAAAUCAUCAGACUGCAUCACGAGGCAAGCUCUAACUUGUAAUCCUGAUGGGAACCAGGAAAGAGGAAGGUCAAAGAACACUCUGAGACGAGAAUUGUAAGCAGACAUCAAAGGAUGAAUAGCAACUGAAAAUGAUUGCUCGGGACAGAGUUCAAUGGAGAAUGCUGGUGGGUGGACUAUACUCCUCCAUGAAAUGUAACGGACUUAAUAAGUACCAUUGUGAAGUCACGGUACACCAUCAUAUUUUGCCUUCAUCUGGUAUUCACACAGGUGAAUCAUCGUUGCCUGAUUGAAAAACACCACUGACGGAAAUUUCUAAAAUAUAUCAGCGUCUGUUAAACCUUUCCAUCUAAUAUCCUAAAUGUCAUUAGGAAUUGUCACUAAAUGUCUUGUUACUCAGUUUGAACGCUAAACUCUCCUCCAAUGCUUUAAGUGCAUUUAUGGUUUUGACUCUCCUUUUGAUCAUGGAUACAUUUUGUUAGUAGCAAUUCUAGUGACCUUAUGUAGGUUUUUAAAUCUUUUUAUUCAGGAUACUUGUUAACGCCAUACUUGAAACCCAUGUAAAUGAACCAACAGAUAUCAGUAAAUAGUAAAUACGGUUAUAGGAGUUAGUGGUUUAUUGUGCAUAGGGCAAUGUGAAGACAUUCGCUCAUACAGUUGGUCAAUAAAUAUAGAAUUAGUCUUUAAUAAAAUUUGACCUAUUAUAAUUUAAAAAUGAGACAAAACGUGUAAGUGUCCUUUGGAUAUUUACACUGUAUAUAUGUACUCAUCUGGAACUGAUGAUAAGUUUUUCUGUCCCUAAACCCCCAACACAUACAUUUAAAUACAAAAAAUUUUACUAAGUCUUUUCAGCCGAUCACCUCUGUGAUUUUCCUUGUCUUUAUUUUUCACUGUACUGAAUGUGUAUAUUGUUGAUUUAUUCUACUAUUUUAUUCUGUAUGUUGUUCAUGGAGAUUUAUGUUGACUACGUUUGUCGCUUUUAGUCGUUGUGAUUAUAUACAUAGUUCUUAUUCCCUUGUGUAGAAGUCUCACCAGUUGUCCAACGUUUGAUCGUUGAUGGUCAUCCAAUUCCCAAAGAAAAGUGCAUCAAAUCCAUAGAUGCUCUUGAUCAUGCUUCAUGGUUUCAACAUAUUGCGAGCGGAGGUCCGAUACUCUUAAUUAGUCGUAUUUUACGCGACUUUAUCCAAUCUAAUGAAUACUGGAUCGAAUUAAAUGAAUUUGUAAGUUUUCAUUUAGUUCUGCGUUACGCGUAACAGUUCCAUUUUUAUGUAGUUUCCUUUUUAAGAAUGGAUUUACUCGUACAUAUAAAGUCUCUCAGUAUCAUUCUUAACUAUUCCUAAUUUUUCCCAGUAUAACCAGUCAUUUAUACACAUUCAUUUGACCCCAGCUUUCUGUAUUUGCAACUGGACUGAUAUAUCGUAUUAAAUACUGUUUCAUCGAGUGGAUUGCUAAAAAGUAAUAAAGUUCUGUUUAAUGUCUAAAUUCGUUUUAAAGUGUUUGUUCAUUAGUGGACUCUGAAUAUUUUAUUGUCUUUUAUUUUAUUAGGAUGUUGAAGUACACUUAGAUCAUCUCUUAUCUUUAGAGUACAAUAUGGUUAUUCGUUCUGGUUUCACUUCCCUCCCAUCUCAGUAUGGGUCACCGAGAAAUAUGCUUUCUGUACCAAGUGACUUUUUCCAUCCUUGCAAAUUACUACGUAGAUUUUUCGAAUCAAUGGCAAAUGGAUAUUUGUUCUUUGCAAUAAAACAUUCAUCUAAUUCAAAUAACACUGAGGAUUCUCCUAGGGAGAACAAUAUACCUGUGGCGUGUACAAAACCAUUUUAUGUUACAAUUUCUAAUGGAAUAUCAGAUGAAGUUUGUGAAAAAAUAACUGUUUCAGCCCAACAAAUAGUCAGACAAAUUGCUUUUAAUCAAUUAUACAAGGUAAGUGUUCUUAUUCCUGCUCUAGGAUUGUUUUUCUUAUACGUGACUUCAAUGAUUAAAACGAUCAUCUCCUUUCGAAAGCAAUCACCUUAGAACACACAUUUGUUUAUAUCACUGUUAGGUUUUACUAUAGUAUUCCUAUGUUAUACUGUCGCUUUGUAUAUGUAGCUUUUUUGUAUACUUGUCUUAAUUCACCACUGGGAAAAUCCAAUUGUCUUCACCUUUUUUCUUAUAUGACUAGUUCUUAUGCAUUCUACACCAGCAAGUUGUCCUGCGUUUUAAAUUACUUAUCCAAUUUGUUUAGACUUUUAUCUCUAAAGAUCGAUUUCACUCCGCCCUGAAGAUAUAUUAAGCUGUCCAGGCACGUUUUUCUUUGUAACUUUUGUGUUUAAUUGUUAAUAUUAAUAGUAUACUAUUGUCGUCCAACACCAGUCAUCUACCUCCCGUUAUGUUAAGGGAUAAAUAUAGAAAGUGGUAUGUUGUAUUUUGUUAACAGUGAAUUAAAAGGAGACAGUUAAUUAGCUAAGACAAAUUAACCAGGCUUUUAUUUUCGCUAAUCCAGAUGGACCUUGCAUUCCAAUUUUUUACUGUUUAUUUACAACCAAUUCUCUAGGUUCUUGGUAUGGAACCUCUGGAUUUGCCUCACAACUCAGAUUUUGUCCAGUCAGGUGGUAAACAAGAACAAAAUCCUGAUGUUUCACAAGGUCAGGAUACUUCCGAAAUCGAAUGUUCAGCUGAUGAUAAGAAGCAACAAAAUAAUUCAUCUCUUAAUGUCAGUUCUGUAGCAAAUGGCAUGAAAACACAGGAAUUCGCGGCAGAAGCACUAAACGUUGAGUCAGAAUGUACUCCGGCCAAGCGAACUCGCCGCGCUACCGCCAACUCGAAAUCUUCCAUUUAAUUAUCUGCAUUUCAAUAUUACACGUCCAUUUAUUUGGUUCCACUGUCUUGAAGUUCUUUUAUAUCAUCCACAUGUUGUUCAUUCGUUCUUAAUCAAAUAUACAAUUUCCUAGUUAUCGUG